AUGCACAGUUUGAAAGUGAUGAACGAAUUACACCCUUGGAAUCAGCCCUGAUUGUUUGGGAUUCAAUUGAAAAGGAACAUGACAAACUUCAUGAAGAAAUAAAGAAUUUAAUUAAAAUUCAGGCUAUAGCUGUUUGUAUGGAAAAUGGAAAUUUUAAGGAAGCUGAAGAAGUCUUUGAAAGAAUAUUUGAUGAGCCCAAUUCUUACACGCCUUUAAAAAGAAAGUUACUUAUGAUAAUCUCUAAGAAAGAUGCAUUCCAUUCCAUUUUCCAACAUUUCAGCUAUAACCACAUGAUGGAGAAAAUUAAGAGUUAUGUGAAUUUUGUGCUAAAUGAAAAAUCAUCAACUUUUCUAAUGAAGGCAGCAACAAAAGUAGUAGAAAGUAAAAGAGCAAGAACGUUAUCUUCUCAAGAUAAACUUAAUAGUAAUGAUACUGAAAUGGAAACUCAAGCUGAUCAAGAUACAGGAGAAAGUGUUAGUGACAAACAGUCUCCGGUAACUGAAUCCUUAGAGGGUACAGUAUCCUUAUUGAGGUCUCACAAGAAUCUCUUCUUAUCUAAAUUUAACCAGAGAAACCAACUACAAGAGCCAGAGGAGGAGGAAAGAGUGGAAACUCUUCAUAGUGAAAAGAAAGAAGACAAUAGUAGAAGAUCCAGUAAAAGCAAGACAAGAUAUGCCUUAAAUAAUCAACCAGUAACUUCUGGAAAACAUAGAUCUAGGAAAAAACAGGCAUGGCUUUGGGAAGAAGACAGAAAUCUGAGAUGUGGUGUGAGGAAAUACGGAGAGGGAAACUGGACUAAAAUACUAUUACAUUAUAAAUUCAACAACCGAACAAGCGUCAUGUUAAAAGAUAGAUGGAGAACUAUGAAGAAACUAAAACUGAUUUGUUCAGACAGUGAAGACUGA